UUAAAAUCUACUCGCUUUAAAGUAUUGUACUAUAAAAUUAGUAAAAUAAGAAUAAUGAAAGUAGUAUUCAAAUAAAAACUAAAAGUUUUUCAAAAAAUUUUCUACUACAUUAAGGAAAAUUAUUAUUUACAGAUUCCAAAAAGAAAUUUCAAAGUACAUACAUAAUAUUGUACGCAAAGUGAAAAAAAAUGGCUGGGAAUUUCUGGCAAAGUUCUCAUGCUCAACAAUGGAUUCUCGAUAGACAGGAUUUAAUAAGAGAAAGGCAACACGAUUUAGCCAUUUUAACAGAAGAAGAAUAUCAAAAAUUAUUUAUAUUUUUCGCAAAUGUGAUACAAGUUUUAGGAGAGCAGUUGAAAUUAAGACAGCAAGUCAUAGCUACUGCCACUGUUUAUUUCAAAAGAUUUUACGCUAGAAAUUCUUUAAAGAAUAUUGACCCUCUAUUAUUAGCUCCUACUUGUAUUUUGCUAGCGUCUAAAGUGGAAGAAUUUGGUGUUAUAUCAAAUUCAAGAUUAAUUUCUACUUGCCAAACAGUGAUUAAAAACAAAUUUAGUUACGCAUAUCAACAAGAGUUUCCUUACAGAACCAAUCAUGUAUUAGAAUGCGAAUUUUAUUUAUUAGAAAAUUUAGAUUGCUGUCUCAUAGUUUAUCAACCCUACAGACCUUUAUUGCAACUAAUACAAGAUAUUGGACAAGAAGAGCAAUUGUUAACACUAACUUGGAGGAUAAUUAACGAUUCAUUAAGAACUGAUGUUUCUUUACUUUAUCCGCCAUAUCAAAUUGCGAUAGGAUGCCUGCAAAUAGCUUGUGUAAUUUUGCAGAAAGAAUUCUUAAAGACUUGGUUUGCUGAAUUAAAUGUAGAUAUGGAUAAGGUUCAAGAAAUAGCCAGAGCAAUCAUUAAUUUAUUUGAAUUAUGGAAGGAUUGGAGAGAAAAAGAAGAAAUACAAGCCUUGCUGGCAAAAAUGCCUAAACCGAAACCAGCGCCACAGCGAUGAAUUAUAUGGUAAAAAAA